GGCAAUGUUACCUCUUCGAUCAGAGAGAGAGAGAGAGAGAUCCAGGCUGCUUGGCAGUUAAGCUGCUCCUGUCCGAUCACCUAAUCUCCCUCUCAUCUUCACCAUUUCUCCAUUUAUUGUAUUUAUUCAUAUUUUGUGUUAUUCAUUGGCGCCAUUAAAGCUCUGUUGUGGCCUCUCUUCUCUAAGCCUGCAACUCUCAGUUUGAGGGGACCAUCCCUCUCAAAGUUUAGGAUUUCACUACGGAGGCGAAGGACCAGAGGAAGAAUAGGUAGAAGAAGAAACAAUGCCUCUGGUUCGGUUUCAAGUGAGGAACGAGUAUGGUUUGGGCACUCCCGAGCUCUACAACGGUGCAAACAGGGACGAUCCAAAGGCUAUUCUUGAUGGAGUAGCAGUUUCUGGACUUGUUGGGAUCUUAAGACAGCUCGGUGAUCUGACUGAAUUUGCAGCAGAGGUUUUUCAUGGCCUACAGGAGCAAUUAUUGGCUACUGCAUCUAGAAGCCAUAAGAUGAUGGUUCGAGUACGAAACAUAGAAGAAGCACUUCCUCCACUUGAGAAGUCUAUAACGGCCCAAAAAAACCACAUACAUUUUGCAUACACAACUGGUUUUGACUGGCAUGUCAAUAUACAAACUGAACAAAAUCACCUCAACAGUUACUUGCCACAAUAUAUUUUGGAUUCUUAUGAAGACUGCCGUGAUCCACCACGUCUACACUUGCUUGACAAAUUUGAUACUGGUGGUCCUGGAGCUUGUUUUAAAAGAUAUUCAGAUCCAUCCUACUUUAAGAGGGUGAUGACUAACCCCGAAUUAGAGAAUGCUGAGAAGGUCCAAAGAGAGAAAAAGGUCCAUAAGAACAAGAAAAAGGGAUUAAGACAGAAGAAUGGAGAAAUCUUACAUACAGUGUCAAUAUCCCGCUGCAAUGGCAGAGCACAGUUGGCUUCUCCCAGCAUUUACAGGCAGAGUCCUUGUGAAAGUAUCACCAAUAUCAAUGCGGGACCAAAAUAUGACCUUGAAAAUCCAUCUUUUGGUUCAAGAACCAGGUCAGCUAACAAUAUAUGUGUUUCUGUUGGAAGUCCUUCCAUGCAAACUGAAGAACAAGAACAUUAUGAGUUAUCCUCUUCUAGGUUAAGGGUGCAGUCAAAUAAUGCCCAUUCUUCUAUUGUUCCUGAUGAACAAGAUGAAGUUUUAGAUGAUGAUUUCCCACAUGGGUCAUUGCAAGUCCAAAGUGCCCCUAAGUCAUCUUGUGUUACUUGGGAUGAGAAGACAGAAAUAAUGGAACCUACAUUUCAACAGUGUGACAGCAUUGUUAAUAACCAGGAUGAAGAUUUAGAAUUGCUACCAUCAAGCUCUUAUGUAAGUACACUGGAGAAGGUUGCCUCUCUUGGGAAUGUUGAUCCAGUGAAUUUUUCAUUUGGUGAUGAAAAUAUGACAGAUGAAACCAGAGCAGAUUCAUCCCUUCGAAAUAUGGAUGGAGAAGAUAUUUCAUUUGGUGAUGAAAAUAUACCAGAUGCAAUCCAUGGUGAGAACCAGAUUGAUGAGAUUGGAAGCGAGCCAGACAACUAUGUGGAUGCACUAAACACUAUGGAAUCAGAAAUUGACACUGAUAUAGAGUGCCAGACAAAACGAGAAGUUGAACUACCUUCGUCCAACUUAAAAGGUAAAGAGAACAGAGAUGGAGCAGGUUUAAUGCAUGAGAUGACUACUCAAAAUUCUGAUUCAUCUGAUCUUCAAUCUCAUACUGCAUCCUACAAUUCUCAUAACAAGGAAAUGUCUGAAAAUUUUUCAAAUGUGGAUUCUGUAGAGGUCACGACCCAUGUACAGCCACCUCCUAACUUGAGCACAUCUGCUAACAUGAAGGUUUCAGAAAACACGGAUUUGUAUGAGCAUAUUGAUAGCAUUAGUGUCUCUAGAGUAAAUAGUUUUGAAGUUGUAAGUGGUCCAUCACCCCCUAGCUCCUGCAUUCUCAAUUCACAGGCCCAAUUGAGUGAUAACAUUAUUAACAAAUCAUCCAAGUUCCAAGAGUCUUAUGCCGAAGUUUCUGGUGCACCUUUGGUUCAGUUUUGGACAAAUGGUGGCCUGUUGGGACUAGAGCCUUCAAAACCCCCAGAUUUUAAUGUUUCAAAUAUUUCGAAUCAAAAUAUCAUAUCUGCCAGUAAAGAAACCAUUAGGCCCAUAUCCCAUUCUGAUAGCUCUUCAGGAAAACUGGAUACAUUAAUUAAGACCCCUGAACAAAGAGAAAAGAAUCUAAACUCUGUGGGGGAAAAGUAUGGACCACAUGGUACUAGUAAUCCCACUGAUCUUCCAGAUGAACUGAUUAGAACAGGAAACGAGUACCAAACAAAAACAACUGAUCCUACUGAAUGCUCCACAUACUGCCACAAUAAGCAAAAUAAUGAUAUGUUCAGGAAGGAUUCCUUGGAAUUACCCAUGACAGGAAAUUCUGUCAUGACCACUGGAGCUGAAUUACCUGUUGCUUCUGAAGUCAAAGCCCCUUCAGGCGAAACCAGUCAAGAAAAUAUCAAGAGUACAUCUACUGUUUUCAGCCUUGGUCAUAAAUUACUUGUGAAUGGUUUCCAAAAGAAGUUGCAGGAACCUAUUUGCCAUGAACAGAAGAAAGGACAGCUCAGAGUUGCACAUCAAACGUCUCCUGACAGAACCAUCAGAGAAAAGCAGAAUUCUGGAUCAUUUGCAUACUCUCUUCCAUCUUCACCACCACUUGAACAUAUGAAGAUCUCUUUCCACGCUAUAAAUAACUCUGAAACAUCCAAGUUGAGACUGAAAUUUCCUGAUAGGCAUUGUCCUAAUGAAGAUAUUAGAGAUCACAUAUUUGCUUCAUUCCAACUGCUUCCAGAGCCUGCUAUUAUUCCUCAGAGGGAUUCUGGUUCUGAGUCUGAUGAUGAUACAUUCUGUCGAUCAUCUCCAUAUAUGCCUGAUGAUCUUAGUCAUUGCUCUGAAUCAAACUCUGAGCAGUGGGAAUCUGGUGAAAUGCCAGGAAAUAAGGACCAUGAGCUAUACGAUGCUUUACAUAGAGUCUCAUCAGCCGAAUCUAUAUCAAGCUCCUUUGAACUGGAUGGAGCAUCACAUGGAAACAUGUAUCCUAAUAUCAACUGGAAAAAUCCAGAUAUUAAAGAUGGAGAAAGACCUUUUCAUUUAGCUCCUUCACUUGAUCUUCCAAGUCUUGAUUCUCUGGAUCCUUCAAUAGAUCAGAAAGAAAGGAAAAGUGAUUCUGAACAGAAUCAUCUCCCAGAUUCAAGGUUGCAAAAUCCUCAUGAACCACCACCACCACCGCCUCCACUCCCACCAUUGCAAUGGUGUGUGGUGAAACCCCACCCAGAUGUGGUAGAAGAUAACCGAGGGACGUUAUCUGAGGUCAAUACUCAUCCAAAUAAUCUUCAUAUUCUUCAAAACAAAUCUUCACAGCCAACAGUGCCUGCUCCACCAAAGCUACCACAUAUUAAAGAGGCUAUCGUAUGUCCACCAAACAACAAGGAUCAGCAGAAGUUGAACGGAUGCAAAGAAUCUAGGCAGGAUGGGCACAUUAAGGAAGUAGAUGAAAGGGAAGAUUUACUACAACAAAUCAGAGCCAAGUCAUUCAACCUGAGGCGUACAACAUCUACAAGACCAAACUUCUCACCAGGUCCCACUACCAAUGUGAAAGUUGCUGCAAUAUUGGAGAAGGCCAAUGCAAUCCGCCAGGCCUUUGUGGGAAGUGAUGAAGGAGGUGAUGAUAACUGGAGUGAUGAUUAAUUCUCUUGAGGGCAUGAUUGUUGAAAUUGGGUGAAGCUGUGUUAUUUAUGUGAAUAAUCUCAGUUCUUUAGUGUAAUUAAAUUGUAGGAUUUACAUUCUUUUACUGUUCUUAUUGCAUUAAAUUCAAAUUAUUUUGUGAACCACGAGAAGAUAGAUGACUGACCCAUCAAACAUGUAUUCUAAAUUUUACUGACAAUUAUUUCUAUAUAAUGCCUGAGAAAAUGGCAGGCUUGUUAUUGGAUGUGCA